UUUCGCCCACUCUCUCCCAAACACAAACACAAACACUCGUCUGUUUCUUUCUGUGUUUCAUCUUCGAUCUCUCCCUCACUCUCUCACAUUCACACAGGUAGAAGAAGAUGGCAGAAACCGAGGACAUUCAGCCCCUCGUGUGUGAUAAUGGAACUGGAAUGGUCAAGGCUGGCUUUGCCGGAGAUGAUGCUCCGCGAGCUGUUUUCCCUAGCAUUGUAGGGCGCCCUCGCCAUACAGGUGUCAUGGUUGGCAUGGGCCAGAAAGAUGCGUAUGUUGGCGACGAGGCUCAAUCCAAGCGUGGUAUUUUGACUUUGAAAUAUCCAAUUGAGCAUGGUAUUGUGAGCAACUGGGAUGAUAUGGAGAAGAUUUGGCAUCACACCUUCUACAAUGAGCUUCGUGUUGCCCCAGAAGAGCACCCAGUUCUCCUAACUGAGGCCCCCUUGAAUCCCAAGGCUAAUCGUGAGAAGAUGACUCAGAUUAUGUUUGAGACCUUUAACACUCCUGCUAUGUAUGUGGCCAUUCAAGCUGUUCUUUCCUUGUAUGCAAGUGGGCGUACAACUGGUAUCGUGCUUGACUCUGGUGAUGGUGUCAGCCAUACAGUCCCAAUAUACGAGGGCUAUGCCCUCCCUCAUGCGAUCCUUCGUCUUGACCUUGCUGGUCGUGACCUCACUGAUGGCUUGAUGAAAAUUCUCACUGAGCGUGGAUAUUCUUUCACUACGACUGCUGAGCGUGAAAUUGUUAGGGACAUGAAGGAAAAGCUUGCUUACAUCGCCCUUGACUAUGAGCAGGAGCUGGAGACUUCCAAAACCAGCUCCUCAGUUGAAAAGAGCUAUGAAUUACCAGAUGGGCAGGUCAUUACCAUUGGUGCAGAGCGAUUCAGAUGCCCAGAAGUGCUUUUCCAACCCUCAAUGAUUGGAAUGGAAGCAGCUGGCAUUCACGAGACCACUUAUAACUCAAUCAUGAAGUGUGACGUUGAUAUCAGGAAAGACCUUUACGGAAAUAUUGUACUUUCUGGUGGUUCAACUAUGUUUCCAGGUAUUGCUGAUAGGAUGAGCAAGGAAAUUUCUGCCCUAGCCCCAAGCAGCAUGAAGAUCAAGGUGGUGGCACCACCUGAGAGGAAGUACAGUGUCUGGAUUGGAGGAUCCAUCUUGGCUUCGCUCAGUACCUUCCAGCAGAUGUGGAUUGCCAAAGCAGAGUAUGAUGAGUCUGGGCCAUCCAUAGUUCACAGGAAAUGCUUCUAAAUUUAUUGUUUGUUUUUAACUUUGCUAUCUCUAUGUUAAUUUCUUGUUGGGAUAAUAAUUUCAUGAGAUUUUAUAGUGGUAAAUUCUUUUACUAAA